CCUUGACAGUUGUCAAAUGUCAAAAAUAGUCAAUACUUUGCAAAAAGUCAUUAUUCGUGCUAGCUAUUAUUAUUCACAUCGCAAAAUAGUGUAAAAUAGGUGGUUGUGACCUUGAAAAGGCCAAUUAUUUGCCAAAUUUUGCUAAAAAUUUGGUCAGUUGACAUGUGUCAUCUGUCAAAACCCAUCUGUUUUCACUCAAAUUAACGCCAAGUGCCCCCGUUCCAAUGCCCUCGACUCCAAAGUCAUUGUCAUUGUCUAAACCCACACCAAAAAUCCAAUAAAACCCGAUAAAAAUGUGAAAAACCACUCGACACACACAAUCAUCAACAAUGCUCACUUUGCAGUGAUGUUGAACGUGACAGCAGCCCCCGACACUUCGGGGGCCACCAUCGAGAAUCUCUACCCCGCAUUAACCGAAUGUUUCGCCAUAAUUCUAUGCGGUUAUGCCGCCGGCCGUAUGAACAUGAUUUCGGAAACGGAAGCGAAAGGAAUCAACACUUUCGUGGGCACAUUUUCGCUCCCAUCUCUCAUUUUCAUGUCUCUGGCCCAACUUGACCUAAGUUCCGUGAAUUGGUUGUUUCUACUGGCGAUACUAAUCGCCAAAAGUAUUGUGUUUUUCUCGGUGAUUGUGGUAACACUGCUGGUUGGCAGACCUGUUAAUUUCGGACGCGCGGGGAUUUUUGCAAUUUUUUGCACCCAAAGCAACGACUUCGCCAUUGGCUAUCCCAUCGUGGCAGCACUGUACAAAAACAGCCACCCGGAGUACGCCUCAUACUUGUACCUAAUGGCGCCAAUCAGUCUUGCCAUCUUGAACCCCAUCUCGUUCGUUUUCAUGGAAAUUGGGCGCCGGAACGGUGGUGGUAACACUGAUUUUCUCCUUGAUGGUGAUCUGGUGUCUCGAAACAUGUACCGGUUUAAAAUGGUUGUUUCCGUAACGAAGAGUAUUUUCCUGAAUCCGAUUGUGUUAAUGACCAUUUUGGGGAUUUUGGGGAAUUGGGUUUUCCGCCACCACAUUCCCUGUUAUUUGGGGGGCGUUUUGGACGUUCUAGGAUCAGCGUUUUCAGCUAGUGCUUUAUUUUUGUUAGGUUUGCGAAUGGUUGGUAAAGUACAUAAACUACGAGGGGCAACUCUUGUAGUCCCCGGGAUUUUAAUUAUGGUGAAAUUGAUUGCCCUACCUCUAGUCACUCGUGAAGUGGUCAGUAUUAUUCAUGUCGGGUAUAACAAAAGCGAAACGGUUGAUUUGAGCACUUAUGGGUUUCUCUACGGGACGUUCCCGUCAGCGCCUACUGUCUUUGUUUUCGCUACACAAUAUUUCAUAGAUGUUGAUCUCAUUGCUAGUGCCAUGGUAGCUUGUACGUUUAUCAGCGCCCCCUUGAUGUUUGUUUCGGCAAAAAUGAUAACAAUCACUAAAACAGAUCCUUCGGAAUAUAUCAAACAACUCGAUUCUUUUACUCUAGAUAUAAGCAUUGUUGCCAUAAUUGCGUGCGGUUGGGUGAUUUUAGUGUUUAUUCUUACGAAAAAAAUCGCCAGAUUGCCGCACAAAAUCACCGCUUGCUUGAUCAUAUCGCAGCUUAUCAGUUGUUUGGGUGCCGUCUUGUACAACACACUACCACAGAAAGAUAACUGGUCGGGUUAUAUACCAUCGAUUUUUAUCAUGGGUGUCUAUAGUACCCGCCUAUGGACCACAAUCCUUGCGGUCACUUUACUGUUUUUACAGUGUCGAAGUCUCUGUUACGUCCUAAAACUACAACCAAUUUUUUUCACAGUCGGUUGGGGAAUCCCCGCAAUUCUGACAGUUGUUUUAUUGUUAUUUGACGGUAAAAAUCACCGCCCACUUGAUAAACGCAAUCCGAAUUUCGUCUACGGCACGUAUCAAGCAAUCGUGGCCAUAGCACUCUUAGUUUUAUGUUUCAUAGUUACCGCCGGCUGCUUGAUUUUGCAACAGCGUUACCACCGUCGUUUCACCCGCUAUCUUGAUUUAGCCCAGGAUAUAUCCGAUUCGCCAUCAACAAGUAGCGAAAUUGAGACAAACAUUGAAAGUCCGAAUCCAGGCACGAGUUCCGAUUCCGGUAUAAGUCCGGGUAAAAGCACAAAAUGCGGGGGUUUACCGACGAUAAACGAGGGUUGUUGUGAGGAAAGUCCGGUCGAUAUUGAGGAUUUGUUUCCGGUUAAUGGAGAUACCGGACUUUGUCCGUCACGUUUUGGUUGUCAAGGACCGAAGCGUGAACAAUGCCAAGGGAUUGUGAGACAGUAUCAGGAAACUAUAGACGAUGACCUUGAGUUUAUCGAAGAGGAGCCGGAAUUGCACGAACCGCAGUUUUUGAGACACACUGUAUUGUUGAUUCUAUUGUUGUGUUCCAUGUUUGUGGGGUUGGCAAUAUCGAUUUGGACGCUUGUCAUGGAGCAAAUUUCGGGGAUUUACAUCGAAUUGUCGUUUCUCGAUGCGACUUUGAAUUUCGGGCAGAGUAUCAUUGUUUUCGGUAUUUUUGGUUUGGAGGUGAAAGAAGUGGUUUUGCCGCUUUUAAAACUGAAGAGAUUGCUUUGGUAUGGAAGUAAUAGUUUGGUGCUGCCAUCUUGGCACGAAUUGUCACCCGAGACGCGCCAUAUUUGCGACCAGUUUAUCACCCACCAUUUGCAAAGCUGUCGCAAUGCUAUUGCGACUGAUAAGAGAUGGCGUAUUAAAGUUUAUAAGAGUGUCUUCACCGGAAUCGAGUUCGUUGAUUGGUUGAUUACAGUGGGGCUGGCACGUGACAGAGGCGAGGCUGUGAAUUAUGCAAGACAUCUGAUUGAAGGCAAAGUUCUGAAGCACAUAAACGGGGUGUACCACUUUUACGAUAGGAAUUUAUUGUAUACUUUUGUUUAGCUUGUUUGGAGCCAAAGAUUUAUUUUUCUAUGUCCAGUGAGAUACAACGAUAUGUAACCAAACCAUACUUAGGGGUUGUGAUUUUCGGUUGGUAACACUCAUAUCAGGGCUUGUGUUAGUAAUUAUUUAAGUCUGAACUAGACAAUAUAUGUGUAAUGCAAAUGAAACGUUCACAAAUA